AUGGCUCCUACAACUAGUUCUGCUACUUCUGUCGCCAAAUCUGGCCCUGGUCGCAAGAAGAAGCCAACUACCCCAACUGAACCUACUCGCCGUUCGACGCGCGCUGUCGUUCCUCGUACUAUCUUUUCAUCAGGUGUCACUAAGCCAAAGGCUGCACCGAAGAAGAGGAAGCCAGCAGCUGCUGUUAAGGAGAAGGUUGUCGCUGCUGUGAAGAAGGCGAAGACCACUGUUACGAAGAAGAAGCCGGGUCCCAAGCCUAGUGCUGCUAAGAAAACAAAGGCUGCUGACGCAAAGGUCACCAAGAAGACCAAAACAAAGGCUUGA